AUGUCACCUGCCAAGUCCGAGGCCAUGUGGUUCUUUGACCAACACCGUAGAAGAAUCUCUCCUCCUGGCCUCUGUGUGAACAUCUGCGGAGAGGAAAUACAGGUGGCGCUCCAGAUGAAAUACCUGGGCAUCACGAUUGACAGCCAACGGAUGUUCGGGCCGCACUUUGAGCUCCUGGUCCCUAAAGUGACGGCCGCAGCCAACGCCUUAUGCGGCCUAUUACCAAACAUUGGCGGGGCUGGAGUCGAAGUUCGUCGACUGUACGAGGGAGUGGUUCGAUUCAGGGUCCUGUACGGGGCUCCGCUGAGUGCGGAAGAUCUGCCAAGUAGUCGUAGUCUUCGUGACGUCAGCAAGCAGGGAGGACGCGUGCGUGUCACUCCGUAG